AUGCAUGUCGAUUUUGCUCCGUUAAGAAUCCCAUUUCGUCGCCGGCUGCAGACCCUGGUCGUUCUACAGUGGGUCUUCUCCUUCCUUGUACUUGCACAAUGUUGUGCCGCACUAUUUGUCACCCUCCUCUUCACUCGCCUCUGGUUCGUAUCAGUGCUCUAUGCCACAUGGUGGUUCUGGGACCGACGCACGCCCUCCCGGGGAGGCCGCAGCAGCCGCUACGUCCGCAGCUUGAGAUUGUGGACCUACUUUCGGGACUACUUUCCCAUUCACCUUGUCAAGACAGCAGACCUGGAUCCAAAGAAGAACUACAUCUUUGGCUUCCACCCACACGGAGUGCUGGUGACGGGAGCCUUUAGCAACUUCUGCACGGAGAUGACGGGCUUUCAGACCAAGUUCCCUGGGCUGAAGACCCACAUGCUGAUGCUCCCUCUGUGGUUCAGGAUCCCAUUCUUCAGAGACUACAUCAUGAGCGCCGGUUUGGUGUCUUCUGAUAAGGAGAGUGCAAAAUAUUUAUUGAAGCAGGAAGGGGGUGGCAAUGUGGCGGUCAUUGCCAUUGGAGGGGCUCCUGAGGCGUUGGAUGCCCGACCAGGGGCGUUUACACUGCAGGUGAAGAACAGGAAAGGCUUCUGCAAACUUGCUCUGCAGUUCGGCGUCGCCCUCGUCCCUGUCUUUUCCUUCGGGGAGAAUGAGGUGUUCGAUCAGGUGAACAAUCCCAAGGGAUCGUUCCUGAGGAGACUCCAGGAACGACUCCAGGCGUUGAUGGGAAUAUCGCUCCCUCUGUUCCACGCCCGAGGAGUCUUCCAGUACAGCUUUGGACUCAUCCCGUACCGGAAAUCCAUUCACACCAUCGUUGGCAAACCGAUCGAAGUGGAGAGAAGUGAGAAUCCAACACUGGUGGAAAUCAACGAAUUACAUCAGAAGUACAUCGAAGAACUCUCGAACCUCUUUGAGGAACAUAAAACAAAAUACAAGGUGCCUGAAGACAGACACCUAAUCUUUACCUGAGCCCUGUUCAAAUACAUCGCCUCU